AUGGAAUUCUCUAUAGGCUACCUUUCAGUUUCCGUUCCCAAUCUUUUUCUUCACCUAUUCUCUCUCCUCGACUUCCUAAGAUCCCUUGCCAUCUCCUUGCUCUCUCUCCUCCACCUCUCCGACCUCCUCGACGCCGCAGAUGAAGAGAUCAGGUGUAUCACGAAUUAUAAACAUAUUUUUCACAAGACCUGUGUGGACCGUUGGAUUGAUCAUGAUCAGAAGACGUGUCCGCUUUGUAAGACCCACUUUAUACCUUGUGGUAAAAUGGAAGAUUAUAAUCAACGCUUAUGUACGGCUUGUCAAUCUGAAUGUGAAGAAUAUGAUGAGGAUGUUGCUCUUUUUGCUCAACAUGAUGAUGAUCACUUGAUUGCUUCACUUUGA